CGCUUUUCGUGUUUUGUGCCUGUUGUGGCUAAUCACACAGCAAGACUCCUUCACAGAGGAUUCCGUGAUGUUGGGGAGAGUUUUUGAGUAGGUACCUCCGCUGGCCACUUGUCAUGCACAGUCUCUGAAGGCUACUUCUACUCUGUGUCUGGCAUAGUUGUCUUCUCGAGUUAUUUUAGUGGGCGUGAAAGCGACGUUGUUGCUUUACCGAAUAGACGGAAGGACGGAUUGAACUAGAGGGAAAUACGUGCAGUGAAUUCCGAACAAGUCCUCAACUAAUGGAUUGUCCCCAAACGCUAUCUUCUGUUCUGACACAGCGAUCAAAGUAACUCGGAUCUCUUUUGUUGCCCGUAGUGUGAGUCCGCCUUCUCUCUCAGAUUUGAGGUCUAAUCGAUACUGUUAUUUGACUUAUUCUCUGCGGACUGCUCUUACUAAACUCCUGUGAUCGCCUCCAAAUAGUCCAGCUCAGACAACGGGUCAGUCUGAUGAGAGACGGGGAUAUUUUCCCUACCUUUUUGAACUACUCUUUCUCUGUAAAUACGAGCCAUGGCUUCGGUGUAUCAGAGAUUUUCGGGGAACAUUAACACCAACGCAUCCUUCCCUGCGCUGCCCGAGGCCAGUCACCUGCUAGGCGGACGCGUCAGUGAGGAGGAGAACGCGGGAAAGACGCCAAGACCAUGUCAGGACCCUCGAUCUCGUGUCCUCCAUCACAAAAGGAGUCAGUAUGAUGACGAGGAUGAGCUGGUGGGGAGUAAUCCUCCACAGAGGAACUGGAAGGGAAUAGCGAUCGCCCUGCUGGUCAUUCUGGUCAUCUGCUCCCUUAUCGUCACUUCAGUCAUCCUGCUGACCCCAGGUGACGAUGACAGCCUGGCCUCAAAGGGGAAGGUGACGGUGAAGGACGUCUUCGGGGAGGACUUCAGGGUUCACGACCCCCACGCUAAAUGGCUGAGCAGUAAUGAGCUGCUGUACCGCACGCGCGAGGGAGACGUAGUCCGGCUCAACGUGGAGACCAUGGAGCGGGUGGUGCUGGUCCCCAAUAAAAUAUUUGUAACGCUACGUGCCAGUAAGUACGAGCUGUCCCCAGACCUGCGCUAUGUGCUGCUGGCCUACAACGUCGUGCCGGUGAGUGGCCCUGAUAACUCACAAUAUGUGUGUGUGUGUAGGCUAAUCACAGGGAGACAUGGGACCCUCAACCCUCCAGAGGUGCGCAAUGCGAAGCUGCAGUAUGCAGGUUGGGGGCCACAGGGUCAGCAACUGAUUUUCAUAUUUGAGAAUAACAUCUACUACCGGGCCACGGUGGAGAAGCGAUCGAUCCGUCUGGUUUCCAGCGGCAAAGAGGGCGUCAUCUUUAAUGGUCUCAGCGAUUGGCUGUACGAAGAGGAGAUCUUCCAGUCCCACAUCGCCCACUGGUGGUCCCCUGAUGGAGCGCGGCUGGCUUAUGCCACCAUCAAUGACACACUGGUGCCCAAGAUGGAGCUGCCAAUGUUCACAGGCUCCCUGUACCCUACGGGCAGAGAGUACCACUACCCCAAGGCUGGUGAGGAGAAUCCUGUCAUCUACUUGUACGUGGUGAACCUCAACGGACCCCUACACACUAUAGAGAUGCGGAGGCCAGAGGACCAGAGGAUAGGGGAGUACUACAUUACUAUGGUGAAGUGGGCCACCAGCACCAAGCUGGCGGUGAACUGGCUGAACCGAGCCCAGAACAUCUCCAUCCUCACUCUGUGUGAGGCCACCACGGGUGUGUGCUCUAAGAAACACGAGGAUGAGAGUGUGGGAUGGCUUCACAGACAGAAUGAGGCUCCCGUCUUCUCCAGGGACGGCCUCAAGCUGUUCUUCAUCAGAGCUCUUCCUCUGGGGGGCAGCGGACGCUUCUUUCACAUCUCCAUGUCCAUCUCACAGGCCAACACCAGCACAGACACCCUGCAGACGGUCACAUCUGGGAAGUGGGACGUGACACAGGUGCUGGCCUUCAGUGAAGACACCCAGCAGAUAUACUUUCUGAGCACGGAGGACGACCCCAAGAGGAGACAUCUCUACAGUGCGGACAUCGUGGGCACGUUCAACAGGCGCUGCGUCUCCUGUGACUUCAAUGACAGCUGUGGCUACGUCAGCGCCACCUUCAGUCACAAUACCAGCUACUUCCUGCUCCACUGCCAUGGUCCUGGGGUUCCAUCUGUAAGAGUGUACAGCACCCUGGAUAAAAAGAAGGUGUACGAUCUUGAAACGAACCAGGAACUGCGGGACAAGUUGGACUCCAUGCAGAUCCCCAAGGUGGAGUACAUGGACGUGGAGAUCGAAGGCUACACUCUGACCAUGCAGAUUGUCAAACCUGCUGGCUUUUCCAUAACAGGGCAUUACCCACUGCUCCUGUUUGUUGACGGGACGCCGGGCGGGCAGGUUGUGUCGGAGCGCUUCCAGGUGGACUGGACCACCGCGCUGGUCAGCAGCUUCGGCGCGCUCGUGCUCCGCUUCGACGGCCGCGGCAGUGGCUUCCACGGGACCGAUCUGCUGCACAAGGUCCAGCACAGACUGGGCAUGUAUGAGGAGAAAGACCAGCUGCUGGCACUCAGUGUAUUAUCCAAAGAGCCAUACAUUGACAUCACCCGGAUUGGAGUAUUUGGACAGGAGUAUGGGGGAUACAUCACCAGUCUCCUCCUCAGUUCAGAGAUGUCCCCGAUGAAGUGUGGAGCAGCUCUAUCACCCAUCACUGACUUUGAGUUAUACGCCUCAGCUUUCUCAGAGAGAUACCUGGGCUUACCCAAGCCUGACAGGAGAGCCUACGAGAUGGCUAGUCUGACGGAGCGUCCCAGCUCAUACAGACCAUCUAUGUUCAUUGAUAAAAAGUUCCUCAUAGUUCACCCCACAGCAGACGAAAAAGUCCAUUUCCAGCACACAGCCAGAUUCAUCUCCCGGCUUAUAAAUGAAAAGGCAAACUACAGUCUACAGAUCUACCCAGACGAAGGCCACUACAUCCACAACGAGGCCACACGGCAGCACCUCAGCCAGUCGCUUGUCAACUUCUUUGAAGAGUGCUUCCGGCUACCGGAGAAGCUCUUUGAGGAGGAGGAGGAGGAGUUUGACGACGAGAGUGAGGAUGAUGGUUAGACUGCUGCCUCUGACCUUCGACCUAUGCCCUCUGCCCUCCCUGCCCUACCCCUCCCUACUUCCCCAUCCAAACCCAAGCACAAGAACCAGCCCGCCAGUUCUACGUAUUAUGCAACGCCACUGGAUAUUCAUCUCAUCCUUGUUUUGAAUCGACACCACUUAUCCACUUUGAUUUUCACCCACUUUUAUCUCCUCACUGUCUGGAAUGACGUACCUGAAGCUGUCCCUCCCCCCUGUACAGUCGCUUGCCUCCCGGCACCCCGGCCCUCCUCCUUGCCAAUCUUCUUCCCCCUCAUCCCUCAGUGAACCACUAAUGGACUCCUAUGACAGCAGCAGCACCUCCCCUCCCCCCUUUUUCUGGAAACAAUCUAAACUCAAGACAAUGAUCACCUUGGUGAGGUGAGGUGUGGCAUCUGUCUGGGGUCACACCAGGCAGCUUUACAGCCCGGGGGGGGGGGGGGGG